GCAUCACCGCUUGUCCCCCUGCCAACCAGCACCUGCAGCCAGCCGUCAACUCCGAUCAUCAAGCCACGCCCGCACAAUGUCCAAGCCCGGAACCGACUUCAGCAAGGUUCAGGCCUCUCGACCUGAUUUCAAGCACACAGAGGCCGUGUACACCAAGCCGCCCCACCCCGCCUGGCAAAAGGGCGAAGGCGCCAACGACGGCGGCGAGAGCCUGCAAAAGAACCAUGUCGAAAUCGACCCCUACGGAGAGGGACGCUCCCCCGCAUCCAACUAUCAGCUUCUAAUUUCGGGGGUUGUUCCCCGACCGAUCGCACUCAUCAGCACGAAGUCCAAGGAUGGUCAGACCACCAACCUGGCGCCAUUCAGCUACUCGAAUGUCGUUAGCUACGACCCGCCCAUGUUCACGGUGGGGUUUGUCGGCGCCCUCGACAAGGCCAAGGACUCGCUGAGGAACCUCACUGAGACAGGCGAGUGCGUCAUCAACAUCAUCUCCGAACACUUCGUGGAGGCGGCGAAUGCCACCGCUGUCAAUGCCCCCUAUGGAGUCUCCGAGUGGGAAAUCUCCGGGCUGCACCAGGCGCCUACCUCUGUCGUGCAGCCUGCCCGGGUCAAGGAGUCCAUUCUGGCAAUCGAGGGCAAGCUCGUGGAGGUGAAGGAGUUUGAGAGUCGCGCCAAACCGGGUCAAAAGUCAGGCGUCCUGGCUAUCAUUGAGGGCGUCAGAUUUUGGGUGCGGGAUGAUGCCAUCAAUGAGGAAAAGAGCGUUAUCGAUCUCAAGGUGUUGAAGCCGAUCAGUCGGCUGGGAGGUAUCCAGUAUGGCCGGACCACCGAGGCUUUUGAGAUUCCUAGGCCUCAGAUCUAGACGGAGAUAGAUUGC